AUGGCUUCCACUACUACUGCUGCUACUCCCACUCAACCUGCUGCUAUCUCUGAAUCAAGAUAUAAAUCCUUCAUGAAGCCUGUAAAAUUCUGGUCCAAAUCACCAUCAUCACAGCAGCAACAAAAGGAAUCGUCCAUAGAUGAUCUUAUCAAUAGAGACUACAUGAGCCAAAAUGGCAUCCUACAGCCAGAAGCUACAGAGAGACCACAACCAAUGCCACAGCAAGCAAAGCCAAGCUAUCUCUCUUUUCAUUUCAGUAGAAAAUCGUCAAAUCAAUCUACUGCCUCAGCUCCUGUAGUGGCACUCACAGAAUCAGGGAAAACCGAAGUCUACAAGCUAUCCACCAUUGAUGACACUGGUGCCUACAUGCCCCCAUCGCCCAGCAUCACGGGCAAAAGAGACCACUGGAUUGAAGUCAAUGAAGAUGAUAUGAUGGACUUUCAUUUACCAGACUCGGCCUGUUUAACCACACAUGUGGGAGAGAAACAUGAUUUCUACACACCCUCUACAUUUGUGCAAUCACAGCCCUACAUUCUGCCCAUUCCAAACAUGUCAGAAUCCACCUUGUCCUCUGUUCCAUCUCUUGAUGAUGGUAAUUCAGACCUGAUAACACCCUCUUCUUGUAGAUCAAGUACAAGCUAUCUUUAA